AUGGCGAUCGACGCUGAAGUUACUCUUCGAAGGAAAUCAUCUCAUUCUCUAGAUGAUCCUGAGAAGGUUCAAGAGAAGAUCGAUGUCGAGUCUGUAGAUGUCUCAUUCGCCGAUGAGGCUCUCCGGUUAGUUGGCACGGAACGGACUCAACGUUUCAGUGACGAGUACAAUCGCAAGCUACGCCGGAAGCUGGACCUCUGCAUUCCUCCCCUAUGUGCCGCCGUCUACUUCACUCAAUUCUUAGACAAGACAUCUUUGAACUACGCAAGCAUAAUGGGGCUGCCCAUCACUGGACAGAAUUAUAACCUAGUGUCCAUGGCCUUCUAUCUCGGGUUUCUAUUCUUUGAGUUCCCGACAGUUUACAUCUCCCAGAAGCUUCGGGUCGCCAAAUACCUAGGAGCCAAUAUCAUCAUAUGGGGUGCUGUCUUGAUGCUCCACGCAGUAGGAACGUCGUUCGGAGCAUUCUUUGCCCUGCGGUUCUUGCUAGGGAUGUGCGAGAGUUGUGUGGCGCCAAUCUUAAUCCUCAUUAUAUCCAUGUUCUACAAGAAGAAUGAGCAGGGCACGCGAAUAGCUUGGUUCUAUAUCAUGAAUGGACUGACGCAAAUCUUCGGCGGAUUCGUUGCAUACGGGAUUUCAUUCUAUGACGGUCAUUUGCUGGCUCCGUACAAGAUCAUUUACAUCCUUCUAGGAGGCCUAGCGAUCAUUGUUGGAAUUUGCGUAUUGAUCUGGCUCCCCGACUCGCCUGUGCACGCAAAGAUGUUGACGCCAGAAGAGAAAAUCGCUGCUUUGGAACGCGUCCGGGAUGACCAGGGCGGGACGGAGAACAAGAAACUCAAGCGAGACCAAGUCUUCGAGGCGCUACUUGAUGUUCGAACGUGGUUGGUUAUUUUGACAACGCUUCUUACGAGCAUUCCGAAUGGUGGCAUUAGCAAUUUCAGCAACCUCAUCAUCAAGAGCUUUGGAUACACGUCCAAGCAGGCUCUCAUCCUUUCUACACCUGGAGGUGCCGUGCACACAAUGAUGACCUUGUUUUGCGGGUACUAUUCAGACAGAAAGAACGAGAGAAUGAUUCCCAUCGUCUUCGCCGUCGUUCCCACUAUCCUUGGUCUAUUAAUUGGCUUCAAUGGCACUGGCCAGAAGGGUGUACUCCUCUUCGGUAUCUACCUUUGUUCCUCAUUUGGGAGCGCCCUUUCCACCGUUUAUGCGUAUAAUGCAUCGAACACUAGCGGCCACACAAAGAAAAGCACGAUCAACGCACUGACGCUUACAGCCUUUUCACUCGGGAACAUCAUAGGCACUGAGAUAUUUCAACCGAAGGAUGCCCCCGACUACAUCCCUGGGAAGAUAGCAAUAAUGACUCUCCUUGGUGCUCAGCUGGUCAUCUCGUUCCUGUUGCGUUGGAUCAACCUGCGUUUGAACAAAAGGAAGCAGGCGCGUAUUGCGGAACUGAAGGCCAGAAACGGUUGGUCAGAUGCCGACGUGCAGAGGGAACGUGAACGACACGCAUUCUUGGAUAUGACAGACAGACAGAAUCCAUACUUCGUGUACACUGCGUAA